CGGCCCCUAAAUACUUGAUAAUAACAGGUGAAAGCCUCGACGAUGGCCAUAGGCAGACAAGCAUCGCAUUCGGCUUUCUAGGAGUCUACCAUGUUUUUCAGCCACUUGAUUAUUGUUUUGUGCGCAUUUGCACUAGGCGCCGUGGCCAAUCGACAUCACUUCUGCUGGUGUGAGAGCGACCAAGUGGCGGACCACGACCUUUGCCUGACACAAGCCGCCUGCGCGAAAUAUCCGCAAGACAAGUUCUUUGGCGUACACUACGACUAUGGCGACCCGAGUGCUAAAGCGAUUUCCAAGAUGAACUUCAAGAGACAAGAGUGCUACGGCACCCGCGAAUGGCCCGUCAUCGCGAAACCUUACCUUGGAGGCAACGAGUUUGAAGAUUCGUGCAACGCUGCGGCGAGCGAUGCCGCCGUCAUCAAUGCUUGUGGCACCUCACCAGGAGUUCGAACCGGAGUAAAGUCUAAAUGUUCGCUGGGAUUCCAGUAACAGUAAGCCACUUUUUCUUAGCAAUGAAUUAUGUUACCUGUAGUCGUGUUAACUUUUAGCUAAGACUUC